AGCCACAGAAGUCUUGCUGCGACUGUGAGGCCAAGCACUGACUGCGGCCGUGUAGCCGCUUGCUUGUCAGGUGCCUCCCGUCUUGCCUCGUCGGAUCUUUUACCAACAUGUUCUCCAUCGCAUCCACAGCCGAUCCCACCGCACUCGAUGACGGCUCGUACCUGUUCGACCAGAACCACGAUGGCUUGCUGUCAUUGCCCAUGUCCAAUGAUGGUAUGGAUAUAAAAGAGGGUAUCGCACCUGUGUCUGGCUUUGGUCAUUUGAGCUACGGCCGCGAGUCGAGUGCGUCGUCCGUGCACUACGGCGAUUCGCACGAUACAUCUGAACCCAGCACAAGUCACGAGGGGGAGGGAUCUACUCCAGGCACAUUUGGCAAUGGAUAUGCCGCCAACUACACUCCAUCGCCGCUGCAGCAUCCAUUUACCCCUGGCUCGGCCGCCAACGGUAUGACUAAUGCUGAUCACAAGCAGACCGCUCAGCAAAACGACGUUUUGCAUACUUCUAUCAACCGAAACGACGCCACAGUACAGCUAUCAUUAAAGGGCCAUCAGGGAGAUAGCGCAUUCAUGGCAGGAACACCGCAGAGUCUGAGCCGCCAAUCACACGCCUCGUCGACUCCUGAGCUUCCACAAUCACACGAACAGUCGAAGAAGCAUCGCAGGACAAAUUCCUUCCCUGCAAAAGGGAAGGUAGCCGAGUUGAAAGCGAAUUCAAGCAUACCGGCAGACCUUUCAUGGCCCGAAUUUGGCCGGCAGUGCAUUCUAGCAGCAGAGAACAGCCGACUCAAUCCAUUCACUUUACAUGCCGCCGAGUACAAGCUGUUACGUGAGCACAUCACGCAUGUCCAGGUCACCGUCUAUCUGAAUAUCAGAAACGCAAUUCUUCGAUUGUGGCAUCGCAACCCCCUGGUGUAUGUAUCCCUCGAAGAGGCGGCCGGAUGCGCGCGUGACAAGCGCUAUUUCGGUCUGGCAAAGGUGGCAUACAUGUGGCUUAUGAGACAUGGAUACAUCAACUUUGGUUGCGUUGAAGUGCCUAGCAAAACGGGCACGCUUUCCAAGGCCAAGGCCAAGACGGCACCGCGACGGACCAUUGUAGUAGUUGGUGCCGGCAUGUCGGGGCUGGGGUGCGCACGGCACCUCGAGGGAGUGUUUGCGCAGCUCGGAGAUCAACUGGCAGAUGCGGGAGAGCGAUCGCCAAAAAUCGUCAUCCUCGAGGCCCGUCCACGCGUUGGUGGGCGGGUGUAUUCGCAUCCUUUCUUGAACCAAUCGGGCUCGACACUACCGUCUGGGCAUCGUUGCACGGCGGAAAUGGGGGCGCAGAUUGUGACAGGGUACGAGCACGGCAAUCCGCUCAACGCGAUUAUCCGAGGCCAGCUGGGCCUACCGUAUCAUGGCCUACGCGACAACACAAUAUUAUACGACUAUGACGGCACUGUUGUCGAGAGGAGUCAAGACAUACUCGUGGAGAAGCUGUACAACGAUGUGCUCGAACGAGCGGCCGUAUACAGAAACAAACCAGUGGCGCAUAGGACAGUAGAGGGCAAUCGCAACCUGAUGGCUUUUGGCCGUGAGCCAGCCGAUGUGGGCGGACCUACCGUUGCAGAGCUGGAGGAAUCCGAAGCUCCUUUGCCAGCAGAUGCGGCAAGCACAGCAUCAACGAAGCAAGAAAAGCCAACGACUGGGGUGGAAAAGCUGGCAGGGAGAGCAUACCAGCUCAGCGCUGGGUUUGAUCCUGAUGUCACAGCGGCAAAGACUGUGCAGAACAUGGGAUGGAAGCUGAAGUCGGGCGCGACGGAGGCGCAAACACUCGACCUCGACACGAUUGCAAAAGCUUCGGAAUAUCCUACCUUGGGGCAGACAAUGGAUGAGGGAUUUCGCCAGUACCAGUCGCUGGUCGACCUCAAGCCUAGAGACAUGCGCCUACUCAGCUGGCACCAUGCCAACCUCGAGUAUGCGAAUGCCGUAAGCGUAAACCAGCUCAGCCUGAGCGGGUGGGACCAGGAUAUAGGCAAUGAAUUCGAGGGCGAGCACAGCCAGGUGAUAGGGGGUUACCAGCAGGUCCCGCGCGGGCUGUGGCAAUGUCCCAGCAAAUUGGACAUACGCUUCAAUACGCCUGUCAAGACUGUACACUACGACAUUGAAGAGCAGCGAAUAGGCAAAGCUGUGAGGAUCGAGUGCACCAAUGGCGAAACGUUUGAAGCAGAUCAUGUUGUCCUCACGACACCUCUAGGCGUACUAAAAUCGGGAUCGGUCCAGUUCGAACCUCCACUUCCUAGCUGGAAGCAGGAUGUGAUUGAACGCAUGGGGUUCGGACUUUUGAACAAGAUUGUUCUCGUGUAUGAGAAGGCGUUCUGGGAACCGGAUCGAGACAUGUUUGGUCUGCUCAACGAGGCAGAGCGUGCGGCCAGCAUGCAGCCAGAGGACUACUCUGCAAGACGAGGGCGGUUCUAUCUGUUCUGGAAUUGCAUCAAGACGAGUGGGAAGCCAGUGCUGGUAGCGCUCAUGGCAGGCGAGGCGGCGCACUACGCCGAAGAGACGUCCAACGACCAGCUUGUCAAAGAGGUGACGGACCGACUCGACGCCAUGUUUGCACCGAACACUGUACCGCUGCCUUCGGAAGCCAUUGUCACACGGUGGAAGAAGGAUCCGUUUGCGCGCGGCAGCUACUCGUACGUCGGGCCAAAGACUCAAACAGGCGACUACGAUGUCAUGGCACGUGCACACGGGCCAUUGCAUUUCGCUGGCGAAGCAACGUGUGGCACGCAUCCUGCAACCGUGCACGGGGCAUACCUGUCAGGCCUCCGGGUGGCUGCAGAGGUUGCCGAGAGGGUACUUGGGCCCAUUGAAAUAGCCAGCCCGCUUGUGGAGAAGAAGAGCGUCAAGAGCGAGGCGUGGACGACGCCUACGUCGGAAUCAAAACGUCGAUUUGAGCCGGCUGUUGGGCCGGCCAAAGACACAAAGGCUGGACGGAUGCAGCGCGACGAAGACUACGAAGCGGCCAUUAUAGGCGCCAUCUUGGAACAAAUUGGCGAGCGACCGAUCAAGCCAGGGCGUGCGGGGGUCAACCCGUUUCUGUUGUUCACAAAAGACUUUUGGUAUGUUUGCAAGCAAGAGUGCGACGAAGCACAUCGAGCCAAGAGCGGCAACCCUGAAGCCAAAGCGCCCAAGCAGGAGAUUCGCAAUGCCGUGGGGCUGAAAUGGCGCACGGCCGAGCAAGACGUCAAGCAGCCGUAUCUGGAGCAGGCAAGCAGCGCACGAGAGGACGCGACGGCCAGUGCAGCCGACUUCAAGGAGAGGGUUGUGGCAUGGGACAAGGAGGCGGCGCGAAUACGGCGCGAGUACAUUCAGGCAAACCCGCCCGAGGGGGGCAACGAGGAGCUGAUUCUCAACAGCCGGACGGCGAUUGAGCUGGGGGCUGGUAAGCGGGUGCGCAGGGCGUGAUGUGGCGGAAGUUGAUAUUAGCUGGGUGUAUUCUUCCAUGUUGUUGUUGUGUGACUGCGUGUAACGAGGCAGCAUUAGCAUUUGUGGGUGUUUGUGGGUGGCUUGGUAUCCUUUGGAGGGGUCGGGGGGCGGAGCUGAGAGGGGGGUGGCGUGGUUGAGUGUUGUGUGCGUGUCGC